UACAAGGGCUUGGACAUCAUCACGAACAAGGUUUCUCCCCAGGAUCAGCGUCUGUGCAGGCACCACAUGAUCAGCUUUGUGGAUCCCCUUGUCUCUAACUACACAGUGGUGGAUUUCAGAGACAAAGCUGUGGCUCUGAUUGAAGAUAUCUUUGCCCGAGACAAGAUCCCGAUUGUUGUGGGAGGAACCAACUACUACAUUGAGUCGCUGCUCUGGAAGGUCCUGAUCAACACCAAGGAGAAGGCCAGCACAGCCCCCAGGCCGGUCACCAACAGGAAAGUGGAGCUGGAGCAGCUGGAUGGCGUUGAGCUUCAUCGCCGCCUGAGCCAGGUGGACCCAGAGAUGGCGGCCAAGCUACACCCCCACGACAAGCGCAAAUUGGCCAGGAGCCUCCAAGUGUUUGAAGAGACGGGGAUCCCCCAUAGUGAAAUCUUGCACCAGCAGCAGGAGGAGGAAGGUGGGGGGCCCUUAGGUGGGCCCCUGAAAUACCCACAUUCCUGCAUCUUGUGGCUCCAUGCAGACCAGGCAGCUCUGGACCAGCGGCUGGAGAAGCGGGUGGAUGACAUGCUGGCUGCGGGACUGCUAGAGGAACUGCGGGACUUCCACCGACGCUACAACCGAGAGAAGGUGGCUGAGAACCGGCAGGAUUACCAGCACGGCAUCUUCCAGUCCAUUGGCUUCAAGGAGUUCCACGAGUACCUCGUCAGUGAGGGGAAUUGCUCACCCGAGACCAGUGCCCUGCUGCUGCAAAAAGGGAUUCAGGCCCUGAAACAGGUGACCAAGAGAUACGCCCGGAGGCAGAACAAAUGGGUCCGAAACCGCUUCCUGCGACGUCCUGGGCCCAACGUGCCCCCAGUGUAUGGCCUGGAGGUGUCUGAUCUGUUGCGGUGGGAUGAGGAUGUGCUGAAACCUGCUCUGGAGAUUGUGGAGAGCUUCAUCCAGGGACGUGAGCCCCCAGCAGAGCCUGUGAAAAUGGAGUAUGAUGUAAACGAGAACAAACGGAGUCAUCGCGUGUGUGAGCUCUGCGACAGAGUCAUCAUCGGGGACAGGGAGUGGGCAGCUCACACACGAUCCAAAUCCCACCUGCACCACCUGAAGAAGAGAAGGAGGCUGGAGGCUGCCAGCUGUGCUGCAGAGACCGAGAGGGACAGUGGGGGUGCAGAGACCUCGGAGGAGGACAGCAGCUUGCCUUUGCCGUAG